AGUUUACGUUUGAUGAGCCUGUAGUGUACCUUAAUAACCCCGUAUUAGUAGCGUUAAAGGUUGUAUAUAACGUGAUAUAUGCCUAACGGAAUUUGUCAUUUUGAGUGCAUUAAGCGGCAUGGCGAAGUUCAUCAUGGCGGCAAAAGUUUAUGUUUUGAACGUUGUGAUGGAGAGUUUUUAUUUUUUGUCCAACAAAUCGUAGCUGUCAGGUGACAAUGCAAUAGGCACCUUUUACAAAUCCUAACCAAAAUGGUGGAUCUACUGGAUGACUUUCUGUGUGGGAGAUACAGGAAAUGUGUUGAGUAUCUGGAGGGAUGUGAAGAUGGCAAGUUCCAGCCAACACAAGUACAAGUACAGUCUAACAAGGCUGUCUGCAAGCUUCUCAUGACACUGUCAUGCUCCCCGGUGGAUGCUGUGAAAACUUUGAGGACCUCUCUCAACGAGCUGGAAAAGUACCUCAUACAAAUACAGAGUUUUCCACCCGAGAUGUUGAACAUGGAGACUGAGAUGACUAUAGUCUACAACAGUGUUUACCUCAAUCUGCUACUUCACACACACUGCGGCGGCGGCGAUGACGGCCAGGCGGUGAUGUCCCAGUGUGGAGCUGUAUUCAGCAAGAGUCUUGCCAGAGUGUUGGCAGCAGUUAAGCACAUCCCAUGUCCCAGAACUCCUGCUGAUUCCCCAGACCAGGCGGUCAUGUCACAGUUACAUGAGCUUCUUCAGUACUCACAGAUUCUGCAUGCAUAUGGGAUCACGUCCCCCAUCUGUUUUGCUGGAUGUGCCUGGUCCUGUCUACAGAUGCUGGUGAAGAAAGAGAAAGAAGCCUUGACUUGCCUAGAGUCUCUCACACAGAUGCUGGCAGAAACAGGAGAUACAUCACAGAUGCCAGUGAAUUCUGCUGGACUCCGUCUGUGUGUGUCAGUGCCAGGAGACAAAGUCCGGCAGCGAGCCAGCCACACGGAAACCCUGUUUGCCCCGGACCUUGUGGGUCUCCUCAAGGGGCUGUGUCACUACAAGCUGGCAUACUGGGGGCUGAGUAGGGAGUGCCUGUCAGGGAUACACGGGGACAGUCUGCGGACUCAGGUGAAAUAUGUAAUAGGACUGUGUUACCUGAAGGAGGGUAAGGCUGAUGACUGCGAAUAUUCUGCAUCUCUGUACUGGAGGCUGCCUUACACCGGAGCUCCUCAUGUCCGUCACACAGGUCGGGAUGCUCCACCUGAUGGGACAGUGCUAUGCCCACAAGGUGAGAAUAUAUUCUACAUCUCUGUACUGGAGGCUGCCUUACACCGGAGCUCCUCAUGUCCGUCACACAGAUCCAGGACGCUCCACCUGAUGGGACAGUGCUAUGCCAACAAGGUCCGGGAUGCUCCACCUGAUGGGACAGUGCUAUGCCAACAAGGUGAGAAUAUAUUCUACAUCUCUACUGGAGGCUGCCUUACACCGGAGCUCCUCAUGUCCGUCACACAGAUCCAGGACGCUCCACCUGAUGGGACAGUGCUAUGCCCACAAGGUGAGAAUAUAUUCUACAUCUCUACUGGAGGCUGCCUUACACGGAGCUCCUCAUGUCCGUCCACACAGAUCCAGGGCGCUCCACCUGAUGGGACAGUGCUAUGCCCACAAGGUGAGAAUAUAUUCUACAUCUCUGUACUGGAGGCUGCCUUACACGGAGCUCCUCAUGUCCGUCCACACAGAUCCAGGACGCUCCACCUGAUGGGACAGUGCUAUGCCCACAAGGUGAGAAUAUAUUCUACAUCUCUACUGGAGGCUGCCUUACACCGGAGCUCCUCAUGUCCGUCCACACAGAUCCAGGACGCCCACCUGAUGGGACAGUGCUAUGCCCACAAGGUGAGAAUAUAUUCUACAUCUCUGUACUGGAGGCUGCCUUACACCGGAGCUCCUCAUGUCCGUCACACAGGUCCGGGAUGCUCCACCUGA